CUCGUCCAUUGUCCCUGCUAGGAAAGGCUUGGGUUUGCUUUCCCACGCGUGGAUACAAGCCAACGUGACUUCCUUCCAGGCAAGCAGGAGGCAAGAGGUCAGAUCACCAUGGCCAACUUGAGAUGUGCUUUCCGGAUAGCUUCCUCUUUCCAGGCUCCGUCCUCCAAGUGUUGCGUCCAGUUCUUCAGCAGUGGGGCCAGCCAAACAACUGAAAAGAAUGUCCCUUAUGAAAAAACACUGAAGGAAGGGAGUCCUCCAGGAGGACAAGGGCCUACAAAGCCUCUUCCAGCGUCGGCCGAUGUGGUUGUGGUUGGCGGAGGUAGCCUCGGGUGCCAAACUGUCUACCAUCUUGCCAAGAUGGGGGUGACCAAUGUCGUCCUGCUGGAGAGGGACCGCUUGACUUCAGGGACCACCUGGCAUACGGCAGGUCUUUUGUGGCAGUUGCGCCCAAGCGAUGUGGAAGUGGAGCUGUUGGCGCACACCCGCAAUGUGGUCAGCCGGGAUUUGGAGCAAGAGACGGGGCUUCACACAGGAUGGAUCCAAAAUGGUGGCCUCUUCAUUGCAUCCAACAAACAAAGGCUGGAUGAAUAUAAACGGCUCAUGUCUCUGGGCAAAGUUUACGGCAUCGAGUCGUACGUCUUGUCUCCGGCGGAAACAAAGGACUUGUAUCCCUUGAUGAACGUGGAUGAUCUUUAUGGAACCCUUUAUGUCCCUAAAGAUGGCACCAUGGAUCCAGCUGGGACAUGCACAACCCUCACCCGAGCAGCCAGUGCCUUGGGAGCUUUGGUGAUUGAAAACUGCCCAGUAACAGGGAUAGAGGUGAAGAUGGACGACUUGGGUGUCCGAAGGGUGGCAGCUGUGGUGACAAAUGCUGGGACAAUCAAGACGCCUUGUGUGGUCAACUGUGCAGGAGUGUGGUCCCAGGCCCUGGGGAAGAUGGCGGGGGUCAAUGUUCCCCUCAUCGCAAUGCAUCAUGCCUAUGUGGUUACAGAGAGGAUUGAAGGAAUCCAGAACAUGCCGAACGUUCGAGAUCAUGAUGCCUCGGUGUAUCUGCGUCUCCAAGGCGAUGCCCUUUCUGUGGGCGGGUAUGAGUCAAAUCCAAUUUUCUGGGAAGAGGUGCAGGACAAGUUUGCCUUUGGCCUCUUUGACCUGGAUUGGGAUGUCUUCACACAACAUAUUGAAGGUGCCAUCAAUCGUGUCCCAGUCCUGGAGAAGACAGGGAUUAAAUCCACAGUCUGCGGUCCAGAAUCAUUUACUGCUGAUCACAAGCCCCUCAUGGGAGAAGCACCAGAAGUCAGGGGCUUUUUCCUUGGCUGUGGUUUCAAUAGUGCGGGCAUGAUGCUUGGAGGUGGUUGUGGGAAGGAGCUGGCCUAUUGGAUCAUCCAUGGGCGUCCCGAGAAGGACAUGUACAGCUAUGACAUUCGGAGGUUUCACCACAAUCUCACUGGCAACAACCGUUGGAUUCGGGAACGGAGCCACGAGUCGUACGCCAAAAACUACUCCAUUGUCUUUCCGUAUGAUGAGCCUUUGGCCGGGCGCAACAUGAGGAAGGAUCCCCUGUAUGAGGAGCUUCUACAACACGGCUGUGUCUUUCAGGAGAGACAUGGAUGGGAACGACCUGGUUGGUUUAAUCCCAAAGGUGAAGCACCGGCUUUGGACUAUGACUAUUAUGGUGCAUAUGGUCAACAGUCCCAUGAAGACUAUCCCUACAACACAUUGCUGUCGGAUGAGUAUACAUUUGAUUUUCCACCUCACCAUAAGACUAUCAGAAAUGAGUGCCUAACUUGCCGAAAUGCUCUAGCUGUGUUUGAUAUGUCGUACUUUGGCAAAUUUUACCUUGUUGGUCCAGAAGCUCGGACGGCGGCCGACUGGCUCUUUACGGCCGAUAUUCGGAAACCAAACGGGACAACCAUUUACACCUGCAUGCUCAAUCAGCGCGGAGGCGUUGAGAGCGACCUGACCGUCAGCCCGAUAGACCCCGGCACUCAGGAUUCGGCAUUGGCGCCGGUGUUCGAAGGGGAUGGCUACUACCUUGCUGUUGGUGGCGCGGUGGCGCAACACAACUGGUCCCACAUCACAACAGUUCUACAGGACAAGAAGUUCCAGUGCCGACUGAUUGACCGGUCAGAAGAGCUUGGCAUGAUCAGCAUCCAAGGACCAUCCAGCCGUGAAGUCCUACAAGACGUCCUCGAAACGGAUCUCGGUGAUGGUGCUUUUCCGUUCUCCACACACAAGCUGGUGAAGGUCGCAGGUUGCAUGGUGCGUGCCAUGAGGCUGUCAUUCGUGGGUGAGAUGGGAUGGGAGCUCCAUGUGCCCAAGAAGGACUGCGUGACCGUCUACCGCGCAGUCAUGAAAGCUGGCGCCAAACAUGGCAUCAUGAACGCGGGCUAUCGAGCCAUCGACUCGCUCAGCAUUGAGAAAGGUUACAGGCACUGGCACGCAGACCUCCGACCAGAUGAUAGCCCACUCGAGGCGGGCCUCGCUUUCACCUGCAAACUUAAGACGGACAUCCCUUUCCUCGGACGAGAAGCUAUAGAGGCCCAGAAAGCCUCUGGAAUCUUCCGCCGUCUGGUCUGCUUCACCAUUGAUGAGAAGGUGCCCAUGUUUGGGUUGGAAGCCAUCUGGAGGAACGGCAAAGUGGUUGGGCACAUCCGCAGGGCAGACUUUGGGCACGCGAUCAACAAAACCAUCGCUUACGGCUACAUCCGGGAUCCUGAUGGAGGACCAGCCACACUUGAUUUUGUGAAAAGCGGCAAAUACAUGCUGGAGAGGAUGGGUGUUGCCUACCAAGCGAAAGCCCACACCAGAUCCCCCUUUGAUCCCGACAACAAGAGAGUGAGAGGGAUCUAUUGAGGCUAUUCAAGCUCAAAGACACAGGAAGCUUCUACUGAAAGAGGAAAAUGGGGCAAAGGAAGGUGCCGAAUAACAUUGCGUGGUGCCAGAAAUCUUGGCCAAGGUCCUACAACAACGUUGAGUUGUAUCCGUCUGCUCCAAACACCGAGUUACCCCCUGUAUUUUGCUAUUGUAUCAAAUGGCAAUGUUGUAGAACGGAACCACACAUGGCGCCAAAUACACAUCCAUGUGGAAUGACUCUCAUGAGACAAAAAAAUCCCAACCAUUUCCAUAAGAGAAUUAAUCCAUGCAUAAGACACUAGCAGUGACAAGAUUUUGGGCAACCUUGGAAAGAGCUCUCCAUUCUAUGUUUAUCUCCCUCGUCCAACAUUGCUUCUACAUGUGGAGGUUUUGUUGAGUCUUAUUCGUAUAUAUAAAACCAGAAGUUGACCAUAGAGUCUAGCUGGAGGACCCAAAGAUUCCUAGAGAAAGGGAGUUCUAGGUUCUCCACUGCAGUUCCACGGUCAUCUUUGGUUGUCUCAACUGGCCCUUAGAGAACCAUAAAUGGGAAUCUGAUCAAUCUAGGGAUUCCUUUCUUUGCAGAUAGAGCCAAUAUAUUGCAAUCCAAGCAACUAGUUGGAGUGAACUCCCUUUUCGCUAAAAGCUAUCCCCGCCAUAUCUCUCUUUGGCAUCAGGGUUUCUCAUAGAAGCUGCAAAGAAUCAAAGUCUAGCCGAACUUGUCCAACAGGUUCAACCCAGGUCUCAUUUUGCUGCUCCUUUGUCAAGCUUAACAAUGGUGGGGGGCAUUGGAAAACGAGGUCCAUUGUGUUCGCAGGACGAGACCGGCUCUGGAAGCAUCUCCGUAAUUUUUGGCAAAGUUUGCCUCUCCCAUUCUCCCUGUCAGGGAAAGAAAGUAGACAUUGUGAGUAAUGGAAUUGUUGAGUGAAAAGUCAACAAGGAGAUCAAGCCAACGAGUCUUAUGCAGUGCUUUCCAACAAUAGGAUUUACAUUAGGGAAGUUGGAAGUCAUGCUGGAGAAGCUAGGAGUCCAAGACUGAACACUUCUCUAGGAAUCUCUCAUUCUUCCCCUGCAACUUUAUGGUCCAUUUCUGCCAGUUGGUCAUAAAGUCAUGCUGGAAGAUCUGGAAAUCCCUAGGCAGAAGACCUGCCUAGAAAUCCUAGGUUUUUCAAUGCAACUCAGUGGUCAACAUCCAUUAGAAGUUGACCAUAAAGUCAUGCUAGAAGACCUAGAAAUUCCUGGUCACUGUAACUCAAUGGUCAAUGUCCUUUAUAAGUCAGAAGACCCAGAGACUCUUAAAGAGAACACCUCUCAAAUAAUUUCUAGAUCAUCCAUUUCAACUCAAUGGUCAACAUCAUUCAGAAGUUGGCCAUACAGUAAUGCUGGAAGACCUAGAAAUUCCUAGUCAGAAACUCAAUGGUUAACGUCCUUCAGAAGUUGACCAUAAGACUUAGAAAUUCCUAGUCAUUGCAACAGAAUGGUCAAUGUCUUUUGGAAGUUGGCCAUAAGGUCAUGCUGAAACACCUAGAAAUUCCUAGUCACUGCAAAUGAAUGGUCAAUAUCCUUCUGAAGUUGGCCAUAAAGUCAGGCUGGAAGACCUAGAAAUUCCUAGUCACUGUAACUCAAUGGUCAACAUCUUUCAGAAGUUGGUCAUAAAGUCAUGCUGGAAAACCUAGAAAUUCCUAGUCACUGUAACUCAAUGGUCAACGUCCUUCAGAAGUUGGUCAUAAAGUCAUGCUGGAAGACCUAGAAAUCUCUAGUCACUAUAACUCAAUGGUCAACCUUCUUAGGAAGUUGGUCAUAAAGUCGUGAUGGAAGACCUAGGAAUUCCUAGUCACUGUAACUUGAUUAUCAACGUCCCUCAGAAGUUGGCCAUAAAGUCAUGCUGGAAGACCUAGAAAUCCCUAGCUGCUUCAACUCAACUGUCAACAUCCUUCAGAAGUUGGCCAUAAAGUCAUACUGGAAGACCAAGAAACUCCUAAACAAAACACCUCGCUAGAAUUUCUAGAUCUUCCAUCUCAACUCAGUAGUUAGCAUCCUUCAGAGGUUGGCCAUAAAGUUAUCCGGAAAGGACCUAGAGACUCCUAGACAGAACAUGGGAUCUCUAGGUCCUCCAGUGCAUUUCUGUGGUCAACUUCCACCAGAGUUGGCCAUAAGAGAUUCCUAGACAGAAUAUCGCUCUAGAAAUCUUUGUCUUCCAUUGAAAUUGGAUAGUAUUUCUUAUCGUUAUGGGCAAUGAUACUCUGAGAAGUCUUACACCAGUCACCAUAUUGUUUUCUUCCCUUCCUUGGCCAUACAUACCGGGAAACGGACUGCUGAAGAUUUAUUACAAUGCAUUGAAAUGGGAGCAAAGCCAUACAGGGAUUCCAAGACAUCUCUACUGAAUGAAUUCCAAGGCACCGAGGCAAACUGCUGUGUGACGGAGGCCUCUGGGCAUGUGCAGACUUCCUCGUCAUUAAACCUGCCAGAAAGAGAAA